AUGUCUAGCUCUUCGAUUUUAUCCUUGGAGGAUGAAAAAGCCGGCGCUGAUUCGGUCUUUCAGAACCAUGACUUCGAUGUCACCACAGAUUCCGGACGCCUCCACGCCCUCGAACAACUAGAGAUCCUGCCCCAGAUCCUCCAAGAAGGAAUCAUAUUUGCCGCUUCAGGAGCAGCCCUCCUUUUCCAAGCAGCGAUGCCCGAAAUCCGCAAAGAGGAAAGCAACAACGAAACCCCCAACGAUCUAGCCACCGAGCUCCUUGACGCACUCCAAGCCCAAAUCAGCUAUACCUCAACCUUAGUUUUUGGAACACGUGCCGAACGGAAAACGCUCCUUGAAAUGUUACACCGCGGCGAAGCUCCAGGUCUCGGCGGCGGACGUAACAACCGCUUCGCACAUUACCCAUCGCUCCAGCUCUGGAUGGCCGCGACAUUAUACGCCACCGCAACGGACUUUUACCAGCGCGUCUACGGCCGUGUCAACUACCAGACUGCGCAGCAAGGAUACGCCGAGUUCACUAUGCUGAUGAACUGUCUCGGUAUAUUCCCAGGCACCUGGCCCGAGACCCGACAGAAGUUCUGGUCUUACUGGGAUGAUCAGGUUGGGAAACUGGUUGUCUCGAGUGAAGCGGCACGCUUUGCGAAAGCACUUCGGGAGAGUACCGAGAUGCCGAAGUGGGUGCAACGGAUUAAACCUUUUAUACGCGUUGUGACUAUCGAGAUGUUGCCGCCCAAAUUGCGUGAGGCUUAUGGUUUGAGAUCGACUGGCUCUACUCGUGCCUUGUAUCGUGUUUGGAUGGGAUUCUCGGCGACUAUAUACCCGGCUAUGCCGAGUAAGCUGCGCGCAUACCCAUUGCGUUAUUAUCAAGAUCGUCUGCGGGGGAAGUUGAAUGAUGCUUGA